UAGCGAACUUGAAUCUGAACAAUUCGUUACCGCGCUGCCAACAUUACGUUUGUUGUGCAUACUAGUUGAAUGUUGUGCACCCUUACAGGUUGUGGCGCGAGCUUUAAACUUCGUUGAAUGAGUUAUUCAAUCAUUGUGAACUUUGCAAAUCAAUUCGUGUUUAAGACUUUACAUAUCUAAAAACUGUGUCAGACCGCGACUGCAGGCUGGCCGACCAUCGCAGUAAAAGUUUACGUUGCGAGUGAUGUGUGUUAUUCAGCGGUGAUUCGCGAACCUGGAUUUUAAAGAACUUUUAGAUUUAAGGAAAAGAUACAUCGUAUUAUUUUAUAGACAUUAUCACUUUGACGUACCCUGACGACGUCUUUGACAGUCCUGAGGUCACUUGAAUUCAAGUAACAGCAUCAAGAUGAGCUUUAAUAAGAACAACCCCAAUGCAAUGGGGAAGAUCAUGGGAUACUUGAAGCAGUUGUCCACGGAAAUGGGAAACGAACAGACCCGACGUGGACAAGGCGACGAAGAGCGUUUGUACCGCACUCGUGGGCCGAAGUACGCGAGGGUCCCAUCACGGCCUACGCUUUCUGCGUCAACGACUUGUACAUCCCUAGCAACAUCGUGUGGUUCCCAGGGAACGCUAGCGCCCAACUACGCAGCUAUCCCAGAGAACGUUUCCACCGAGAGUAGCAGCGAGGACGAGCAGGACGCCUUUGAGAAGACCCGACGCCACUUCCAACAGCUCCGGCAAAUCAGUUUAGGAAACGAGUUUAAAUACAAGAUGGAAAUGGAAAUAAAGAGUGCCAAGGAUGAGAAUUUGCGAAAUUCAGUGCCAUUUGUGAAGCAACUCAGCACAGACAGUAGUAAAGCUAAAACUGAUUAUACCAUCAAUGGGGACGCUCAGCCAUACAGCCCAACCACACAAAAAAUCUAUCUAUGGACUCAGAUAUUGGCCGCAUUUGCCGUAUCUAUGGGAUCGUUGAUCGUCGGUUUUUCUUCUGGUUAUACAUCACCGACGUUAACGAAGAUGACCGAGGAUAUGAAUCUAUCUGAAGAACAAAGCAGUUGGGUAGGCGGCCUCGUCCCACUAGCAGCCUUGAUUGGGAGCAUCUGCGGCGGGUCACUGAUAGGAUGUCUGGGAAGAAGAUUAGCCAUAUCUGCAACUGCGUUACCGUUCUUUAUCGGGUGGAUGCUGAUAGCCAACGCAAACGGCAUCAUCAUGGUCUACGCUGGCCGUGCUCUCAUCGGAAUUUGCGUAGGAAUUGGCUCCCUCGCAUUUCCGGUGUACUGCGGCGAAACUCUACAACCAGAAGUAAGAGGAGCUCUGGGAUUACUACCAACUGCAUUCGGUAAUACGGGUAUACUCAUAGCUUACUUCGUUGGAAACUACCUCGACUGGUCAGGGUUGGCAUUUUUUGGAGCUGCAUUACCUGUGCCAUUCUUCUUACUCAUGCUCCUGACCCCAGAAACUCCAAGCUGGUACAUGUCUAAAGGGCGAGCGGAGGACGCCCGUAAAUCACUUCAAUGGUUGAGAGGCAAGAACGUCAAUAUUGACAAGGAACUGCGCGAUCUUUCAAGAGUGCAAGCUGAAUCCGAUCAUAUUCGUGGAAACGCUAUUGGACAAUUAUUUACCCGAAGAUACAUUCCUGCCAUAGCCAUAUCUCUUGGUUUGAUGAUCUUCCAGCAGUUUAGUGGCAUUAAUGCAGUUAUAUUUUACGCUGAAAAAAUAUUCAUGAUGUCUGGUAGCAGUAUUGACAAAAAUUUGUCUAGUAUCAUCAUUGGAAUUGUUAACUUUAUAUCAACCUUUAUAGCGACGGGUCUCAUUGAUCGAUUGGGAAGAAAAAUAUUACUAUACAUUUCUUCUGUAUCUAUGAUAAUCACUUUGGUAACUUUGGGUUCAUACUGCUAUGUAAAGGAUGCAGGAGUCAAUGUUGAUAACUUCGGUUGGUUGCCGUUAGCGUGCCUUGUGAUAUACGUUUUGGGAUUCUCGAUUGGUUUUGGCCCUAUUCCUUGGCUCAUGUUGGGUGAGAUAUUGCCAUCUAAAAUUAGAGGAACUGCUGCAUCCUUGGCUACUAGCUUGAAUUGGACCUGUGCUUUUAUUGUAACAAAAACAUUCACAAACAUCAGUCUCGCACUUAACAUGUACGGAGCUAUGUGGCUGUUUACUGUCAUAUGUUUAAUUGGCCUCUUUUUCGUAAUAUUCUUCGUACCUGAGACCCGAGGCAUAAGUUUAGAAGACAUUGAAAAGAAACUGACAGGGGGGGCACGUAGAGUUAAAAUUGUGAGUAGCAAUAAACCAACGCAAAACGGGUGCUAACGUGUUACUCAACGUUAGGAACUUAUUUUAAGUGAUAUAGUAUAAAUUAAAAUGUACAUUCCAGAGUGCGAUGGCUGCACUUGUGCUGUGCUGAUUGAUAAGGAUAUAGAGAUUUAAGGAGGUGCAAUUAAAUAAUGCACUGAUUGUUCAGUGUAUGAAGAAGACUGAUUUGGAUUGUAGCCAUAUAUUCUCUACUACGUACAUGUAAAUUAUAUUAGUUAAACCCAUAGUGAUAGUUUAUCAUCAAUAGUUCCUUUAGCUGUAUAUUAUUUGUGUAAAAGUGAUCCGCACAGCGGUAUUUGUCGUAAAAGAAGUUCCUCACAAUGAUUCUGGGUUUAUAAGAAUCUCAUUUUUUGAAUUAGUCAAAAUAUUAUGAAUCAGGAUCUGAGGACGAUAAUAGUGAUUAUGGAUUAUGUAUAUCUCUUAUACGUAAAAGAUUU